UCUUGCUGAAUGAUUGGGCUGACUUUGAAAGAUCAGUUCCUGAAAUGAGACAAUCCAAAAAUAUUUUUCUUGGUAAAGUAAAAUCAAACGAAGAUGAUAAUGAUAACGAUAAUAUAACAUUUUUUUUUAGAAAACAUGAAGUUUCAUAUAUAUAUUUACAAAGUGCACAACAUUUACAUUCCUCUUUCACGCGAAAAAUUGAAAGUGAUCUUGGUGGCAAUUUGUUAAUUAUUUAUCGAGUUGAAGAAAACAUUUUGUGCACCAGAAAUGAAAAGUGUCAAAAUGAUCACGACAGAAUUAGAUCACAUUAUUGUUAAAGUAUUAAAGCAAUUUUUUCAAACUUCAAAAAUUCGGUGUACUUGGUUCUACUACAUUGAAGAAAUAAGCAAAUACUGGAUAGACUUAGAAUUGCCAUUUGACGAAGAACUUCAUGAAGUUGGACAAUUACUAAAAUGUGCAUGGGCAAUACCACUUGCCUUGGAGCAUGGAAAAAGCAUUGGGAUGACAUUUGAGAAAGUCAUGACAGCCAUUGAAAGAUAUGUAAAUAUUGAAGAAUAUCCAAAUACUGUUGUAUUUAAAGAAAAAUUAAAAUUAAGUUGGGCAUCAAGGAUCAGUUUCAUUUGUCCUUUUUCAACAAGUAAAGUGAAUGAUGUGCUAGAAGCUUGUGAGAACCGGAUGAUGGGUCGACUCCACAAAAAAAACACAGUUGACAUAUUAGAUGCGAUCAACAAAAAUAUUCAGUUAAUGAAAAAGAAUAAAAAAAUUAAAAGAUUGUUCACCACUUUAGAUAAAACAACUAUUAUCAGCUGCGGUUAUAAAUUGUUGAUGAACACAUGCUCAGAAAUCCAAAUCUUUCUCUAUGAAUGUUCAACAGAUGAAGCCAAAAGAGUUCUUUAUCACAAAGUUCAAGUUGGACUUCCUUGUGACUACGAGGCAACUGCUGAAAUUCAUGAUCUGGAAGAUCAUCCUGAUUGUGAACAAAAUAAUAAUACUACAAUAAGAUUCAGACGUGAUCACUAUGAGGGUCCAGUUGGAGGUCCAGAAAAACGACGUCGUCGAAAUAAAAAUUUAGAUGAUGUAAUAUAUAGUGUAGUAGCAGCAAGCCCAUACUUUGAAAUGUCAGAAAGAACAUGUUAACCAGGUAACAACUUGUUACCUCAUGAUUCACAUUCUGAUUUUAAACAGUCAACUAGUAGAUCUAAUGAUACAGAUAUUAUCAUGAAUUCACCAAAAAAUCUAUCAUCACUGCCAAAUAGUAAUAACACAAAUGGAAAAAAAUCUAAUUCAUUAGGAACACACCCACCAUCGAACAAUAUCAAGAAAUCUAAAAAGUUGAACUUUGGAAAAUUACAAAAAAAAUCAUCACAGGCAUUAAAGCCAUCGCUUAAUGUUGACUCUAAGUAUAAUGAUAACGAAGAUGUAAGUUUAAUCACAAUAAAAAAAUCAACACUAGCACCAAAUGAUGAAGAUAGUUGUGAGGAAAUACAUAACAUAGAUGAGCUAGUAAAGCAUUUAUUAGUUUCACGUGCAACCGAUAGUAAAAUGCUCCCGCAACACAACAAUUUACAACCACCACCACUACCACCAUCAUCAUCAUCAUUAUCAGGUGAAAAUAUUAAUGAGAAACAAAUUAAAUUAGUCAUGGCUCACUCACCAACACAACAAUCACAUCAACAAAGUAGUGGUUUAAAAACACAUGAUUCAAUAGAAACACACCCACCAUCAAACAAUAUCAAGAAAUAUAAAAAGUUGAACUUUGGAAAAUUACAAAAAAAAUCAUCACAGACAUUAAAGCCAUCUUGAAUUAAAGCC